AGCCUCUCAAUGGCCAAUACAUAGCAUCUGUCAUCCAGGGUUUAUAUACAUCAUUUCUGGCAAACCAUUCAGUAUCAUUCGAUAGCAGUAGACCAAAAUGGCCAUCAUCAAUAACUUGGCCUUUCUUGCUUUAUUGGUUGUAACAUUAACAGUUGCAUUGGCUAGUGCCGAUGACCGAACGAAAACGGUGGAAUUCAACGUAAAACCCGGCGGAGAGGUCCACACGUUCUCCGAGAAAAUGAGAGAAUAUGAAUGUUCAUUCACUUAUGCAUCACAAGGGGGAACCAACGAGCAAUGGCUGAUGAGUGUGGGCCUGAGCGAUGACGACGGCCUGUUCUCCUGCUCAGUGUGGAGACCCCAGGGGAAGUCCUACCUGUUUUUCACACAGUUCAAGGCGGAGUUGAAAGGAGCCAAGGUUGAAUAUGCCAGCGCAUAUUCCCAGACUGCAGCGGGAGGACAGAGGGAUGUGACUUUGAAGGAAGAUGAAUUCACUGUGGGAGAUUCUACAGUGACCCACAAAGAUGGGAAGUUCCGCGCUGAGCUCUCCAAACUGACCAUUAUUGGCCGGACACGACACGAUGAGCUCUGAUUGGCUGGAAAUUUGAAUGACUAUUGUCAUAUCGUCCAAUCGUGACACCCAGGCGAGCUCUCAAGACAGGCCAAUGUACCCUACUGUCCACUACAAUGGCAAAUGGAUGGCAUUCAAACACAAAGGACGAUACAGUAAUGAGUUACAGCCUGUCAGCUUGGUGGUCUACAACUUUACUGUUCAAUAAGUCUAUCGUUUAUUUUUUUUAUUUUAUUUUUAGGAAUAUGGCUUUACUGUAUGAGGAUGUCUGAUCUUGGCGGGUGUAGAGAGAUGUAGGGUCAGAGGAUUUAUCAUUCUUAUGCUAAGCCAGGGAAAUGUGAGUGAUCUAUUGGCUUCAUCGUGCACACGUAAACACAAUUAUGUUUUUCCAAUCUGCUGCUUCUCUCUGCAAGUAAAUGGUUAACACAGACAGAGUAGAGCAGUGAGCCCAGUUUCUCUGUGCUUUUGAUCUAGAUAGAGCAUGGAGCACCUGAUUCAACCAACCAAUCAUCAUUCAAUGCGGUUGAUUAAGUUUUACUCCCUCCUCUCUCACUCCUACCAACAGUCUUAAUGAAGCUAGGUUGAGUUUUAGAACAGAUGCUAAUUUGGCCCACCAGGAUUAGAGAUGUACUGUCUUGCAUUGAUGUAUGGGAAAGUUAGUUAGCAGCACGUACCAUAUCCAUCCAGGUUUAUCCCUGUCUGUCCAGAGGAGGACCUCUGUGUUGAUAGUGGAGUCCCCCUCCUCACCAGCGAGAGUCCCUGGGGUCCCAACAGGAAAUGCCACAAGGCGCUGACAGGCAUCGAGAGACAGACAAACAGAAAGUUACUUAUUUUUUAAAUUGUCUUUUCUACUGUGUUCUGAUUCACAGUGUGCAACUUAUGCUCCAAUAAAAGUCAUGUCUGGGAAUGUGAAA